AUGAUCUCCUUGUGGAUACAGUUUUCCGAGCAGAUCCCAAAUCUUUCCUCAAAAAAGGCCAAAGAGGUUUGUGAGAAAAGUAAUAAGCGCUCAGAUUUUGAAAAAAUCGUCAAACGAGCUCAUCUAGGCAGAUAUCUAUUUUUUCCGAAUUUUUUGGUCUUUUCAUUCAGAGUCAACCUGCUCACGUACUUUAUAAGCGAGCUCAUCCCUUGAGAACUUCUGAUUGAAAAUUCACAGUCAGCCUUAAAAAGAACAUCCGGAAAAAAAAAAUUGGAAACUUAUAUCUAAAAUGAUAAUCUCCCUAUUUUGAUCUGUUGGAAAACAGGAUGGAGCUCAAAAAACAAUAGAAGUUCAAAAACGAUGCUUUUUCCCUUUGAGUUUGGGAAUUUAUGAAGAAUCGGCCGGAACAAUAGAGAAAGAACCCAAAAAUCAACAUCACUGCCAAUUUUUGAAGAAAAGACGCUACAAGAAAGUCGAAAAUAGUUGGAAAACCACAGCUCUAGUAUCAGGUACACCGCCGAGUGUCGGGUUCAACUUUUAGAAAAUUUCAAGAAGUGAGAUUUCGGGGAAAAAACGGGUUCUGACAGGAAAAACCGAACAGGCGGUAACCGAAGAGAAAAUACAAGAUCUCGAUUUUUCACUCGGAGAGUCGAGUUCAAUUUUUAGAAAAAGUCAAGGAGAUAAAUGACCUUCCUUAUUGAAAAAAAAGACGGAUCCUGAAAGGAAACAUCGAAACAGGCUUUCGGAAACUUCGAUAGGAAAUACCAGGAUCGCGAUCACUCACGGCUAUCGCAAAAAAGGGCCGAAAAGAACUGCGACCAGACUUACGAGUAGAAAGUCCCUAUAAAAGAGCCUAGCGAAGAUUUUGAGACAAGCCUCGAUUUCGACCAUCAACUUCAACAUGAACCGAAUGUCGAUUCCUUCCUAUUUGUUCGCAAUUUUUUUCGUACUCUUCAAAAUUCCUGCCGACCAGGCCUGCCUGCAGACUGUUCCCGCAUCGGUAAGUAUUCACAUUUUACGCUAGAUUCUCACGUCAAAAUUCUUUUUUUAAUGAAAAAUUUGACUUUUCUGCAAAUUUUGUGUCUCUCGGCCUAUGGAAACGAAUACACUCUUUUUAAAAAUUUCUCCAUCAAUAAAAAAAAAGUGUAGAUCUUCUUGCAAGACUAUCUUCUCAGAUCAAGUUCAAAAAAACUCUGUAUACUUGAUAAGAAUGAAGAUUUUUAACAAAAAAAUAUGUUGAUUUUUGUUUUUUUAGUCAAGUUAUGUAGCCAGAAAAACGUCAAAAUCCCUGAUUUUCGACUGAAAGUCAAAAUCGAAUUUUUUAAAAAGAUUCAGUGACCCUAGAAGUACAUCCCAGCAGUUUUCAACGAAAUUUGGGACUUUUAUUUUCGAACUCAAAUUGUUAAGUUUCUUUCAAUUUUGGUGUCUGCGGGACGCGAAAAAAUGUUCAAGUCUACAAAUUCUCAUAAAUUUUUAAGAUCUUAACUGUAGACCUAUAAAAAAUUCCAUUCUGAUUCAAAAUUGAAAUAUAUUGAUUUCAUUGAAUUUUUGCUGCAAAAAAAGGACGAAAGUGAGACCAGCGUUCUAUGCGUGAUAUCCCGAGAAGAGACAAUUAAUUAGAGAAGAACGAAAAAAUUUAGUCAAAGGGUAGAGCCGAAAAAAAGACUAUUAGAACCGCCGAAGAUUGGCUUGGUUAUAAUAAACUAUUUCUUAAAGAUUUUCUAUAAAUCAACGAUUUUCAGAACGCAACCGCUUUGACACCGAAGGAUGGUAUGUUCCCUCACCAUUAUGCGUUUGUAUAAAUGACAAGAUUUUUUUUUAAUUUUUCGAGUAGGUGUCUCAUUUUAAAAUUUGAGAUUGUGAGCAAUGCACUGCUUCCCAACUUUCGAUCGUGGAAGGUACCCCAAUGGGAUCCGCACCACCAAUGGUCACGGCGUAAGUCCCAUGAUAAUCUGAAAAUUUAUUUGGAAAGAGGGCCUAACUGAAAUCUAGUUUUUAGUGUGAAUCCCCCAUUGGGAACCGGUUGCGCUCGGUUCACGGUGAGCUGCGCGACGGGCUGCACUCUCAGUGUAAGUUUUUCUUAUCUUCAUCUUUCUCAUUCAUAUUUGUUCUACAACCUGCGCCAUCGCGAAAAUAUUAAAGUUCGAUCGACAUCGAAAAAUUUCCGUCCAAAAAUAUACGCAAGAACGUGAAACUUUGAUAAAUUUAUAAAAGAUUACUGCCAUCAACGUGGGAGUUAUUUGAUCAAAACGACUUCUUUGACAAAAUUAAAAGCUCAUAGAACAUUUUUCAGUUCCACAAAACGACGACGAAUGUCCAAGUGACAGUGCCAACGCCUACCCAAGACAUGCCGCCGAUUACUCUGGUCUGCAACGUGAAUAGAACAUUGACAUAUACCAACACGGCGAUGACGAUAAAUGAAAUGUAAGAAUUCUUCCACUUUUCAAGAAAAAAAAAGCCGAUCACUUGACCGAUUCAUUUGAACGUCAGAGUGCUUAACUUUUUUCAAGGCGGCGGGAUGAAAAAUUGAAUCCGCGAAAAUUCAUAUAAAUCUUGUUCUAUUUAAAGUUACGUUCAAAAGCUCGUGUGAACGUGAAUAUAAAAAGUGCAUCCGAUACUUUUUUUUUUGUUCACGGCGUAUUUUUGGUGACGUUCUGCCCAUUUGGAAAAAUAAGCAAAAAAUUAUUGAUAAUAAACCUUGAGCGAAGAAAGUCUGUGAUAUUUGGAAAAUCGAGUAGCCUCAUGACCUAUGCAAACGAAGUCGCAUGCGCCUUUAAUAACUGUUGCUGUUUCGCAUGACGUCACAUAGGAAAAUGGUGUUUUAGGCCGCGCCUCCCGUAUUUACCAGUUUGUAUAGAACUUUACUUGUAAAUAAAUUCCAGGUUAAUGAACAAGCGCGGAAGAAUAAUCUUUUCAAAUGUUUUUCUCCAUUGAUUAAACGAUUGAAUAACUGUAUUGAUUACAGGCCCAUCGACGGAGCAUUAUGCAACUGCACGAUGUCGGCGCCGGCGUCAGGAAAAUGA